AUCUCACUUGCGCAAACAAAUGGAAAGCAUUAGAUGCCACCGAAUAUGUUUUAGAUGUCCAUUACACCCAUACAAGCUCCCAUACAUGUCAGCUAUAUGCUUCUUUCAACUUCCCUAACCUAAAUUUGACCGGUAGGAUGCGGCUAUGUCCCAAGAGCGCAAUUGCAUCGCAACCUAAUGGAAAGCUCUUUCUUCCAGAGUUUGAAGCCGCAUGUGAACUCGCAGAAGGCGUCAGACCGGGUCCAAAAUCUAAAGAAUGGUUGAUGAGAUGGCGAGGAGAAGAAGGAGAGCUGAAGCUUGGUGGAGAGACGCGGGCACAGGGGCAAGUUCUUUUCGAGGAAGAGAAACAGCUCCCCGACAGCGUCGGUACUCCCAAGAUAAACAUCAAGUUAGCCAUGAUACAUAAUGGCAAGCACGUAAUCUUAGAGGGAACGCAGCUUUAUACGAGUCCAGAGAGCGAUGAGGAUAGGGCUACAGCCGAAGAUCCAGCAGCGCCUACCGAGGCAUCCCGGAUGCUCGAGGAUUGGAAACGGCUUUAUGACCCCUCCUGGGAUGCGCGGCCCCUAUCAGACACGGAGCAAGAUGAAAUCGAGCUUCAGAGACUGCAAGACCUUGGUGCCACUCUGCCCAAACCCAAAAAUAAAUGGGAAAACCCCCGCUCGGGUAGGGUUUUCACCACGAAGAAUAAGCCUGGCCCAAUACCCGGGUUUAUUAUCAAUGCGACCGCGACGUCACGAUAUCUGGAAGAGCGCCCGGAUUGGGCUUGGGAUGUUAUGGGAAGAUACGAGUUAAGCACUAUAGGGCUCACCAAGGCUCUUGGGCUAUCUGCGGGAGAGCCGGUGUCGAUAGUAAUGACGGUCCAGAUGGAUAACAACGCAAAACACCAAAAGGCUGGACGACAACUAUGGGCUCAAUUUGAAGCCAAGGGUAUCUUUGCCCUCGCACGCUUCCGGCCGAUCUCCAGCUCAUUAGAUGACUCGCUAGAAAAAUUCGAGAAAAGCUGUGUCUUAAAACCAGGACUAUGGGUUGGCCCUGAGACGCGGGGUACUCAAAAGUGGGAGAUGCGUUGGCGAGGAUUCUCAGACAGCAACUUAGUGACGUUAGCGGAGGACCAAGCAGGGACCGAGGUUUUCUUCACAAAAGAUGAUCAAGGCAAGCUGAUUUUCAGGGGAAAGAUGAUAGCUGGUAAUAAGAGUUAUUCGGUAAUGGGUUCAUGGGUCGCGCCGACAGAGGAGCGGAGACCUAGUGCCCCUACAAUCAACACCGAAUGGGCGAAAUUCCAGAGAGGAAAACCGGCCGUAUCGUUACAGAAAAAUAUUGAACAUGUCAUCGUCAUGGAAAAGUACUGCUAUAGAGAAUUCCCCGAAUAAGCGGUAUUGCGAUGCGAACGAACAGACUGUAUGUGAGGUUAGCGCUCUGGGC